UCUCGCGACGGGAUUGUUUUCCCGUGAGCAGAUAUUUCGAAAUCGGCGGGUGUGACGUCACGCCCCUCGUUUGCAUACGGCCCCUAUAUAAGGUGGUGCCCAGCUCCGCUCUCUCACAGUGCAGUUUUAUCUGGAGAAGGCCACAUCAUCUGUUUUACCAGCAACCACCUGACCAACCGCAAACAUGUCUGACAAACCAAACCUGGAGGAAGUCACCAGCUUCGACAAGAGCAAGCUGAAGAAGACAGAGACCCAGGAGAAAAACCCUUUGCCAUCAAAAGAGACCAUUGAACAGGAGAAGCAGGCGGGCUCAUCAUGAAGCCCCACCUCAAGACUCCACUAUGCACUGUACAUUCCACAUUGCCUUCUUUUUUCACCUUUUAGCUGUUAACUUUGUAAUGGGAAACGACAAAAGCCAAUUCGACAAACCUAAGUUGCAUUCUGAUUGGACGAAACCAAACCAAAAAAAACAAA